GUGUGUCCUUUUAUCUUGGGUUGUUGUAACGUAAGUGAUCUGCUGUCUUCCCCACAUUGUCCUCCUGUGUACCUUAUUGUAACAGGAAACCACUGCCCCCUGUUGUGUUGUUUUGCUGCUGUUUUAUUUGAUAUUCAAACAAAUGUACAUUUCAUUACAAAUAAGAAAAGAGAUAUGUUUUAUUCUAUAAUUAAUGCUUUGAAUUUAAAGCAUAGUAAAUCUGCGUUUAUUUAUUGUGUUUUCUAAGAAGUAUAUAGAGAAAAAUUGCGGAUGGUCUCCACUGCCCUGGGGAAAAUGGAGGAGCCCUUCAUUUAGAUUUAUGUUUGUCAGCAAUGGAUAACACGCAGGGUCAUUAUGCUCUCUGUUGUUUUUUAAAUAGACACUGACUAUACUGUCCUCAAAAUUGAACUGAAAUACCAGUGUCGUUGUUUAAAGGAGUGGUCUUCAUUAUUUUUAAUGUCUUUUUAUUUGGAGCCGGUGUAUAUUUGUGAUAGAUGACGGUUUUAUGCGGCGAAACAGACAGGAAUUAACAUGUUAGAGCAUGAGGAGGAGUCUCAUUUGUUCCCAUAAACCAGGUACAGUGAUGUAAUCCAGUGGAAUGUGUAUGACUGAUGAGAGUUAUUUACUUGGAUUUCUUGUGCUUUUUUUUGCCCUCUAACUGAAAUAAUUUUCUUUUUGUUUGGCAUUGGCUUGUGCAUAGUCCUGUGGGACUUCAUUCUUGGCAGUGCUGGGGUUUAAUCUCUUUAAUUAUAUGAGGGAAAUUUGAUUUUUUCCAUUUGAAAUCUCAAAACGAGGUUGUGCCCAACGACAUGCAAAGGUCAAAUGAACAAUUCUGCCGAAUACGUUUAUACAAGUUUGUUUCUGACAUUAGUCAAUUUUGGGGCGUUGGUAUUGAGGAGCUCGCUUCUUUAAUUUGUCAUCUAGUAUGCACGUGCAUAUAAACAAACAUCUAUUAAAACAGUUUCGCACUUAAUGGCCAAGAACUCAUUCUAACGUGUGCCAUUCCUAGUGUCUAAACGUUAUGAAUAACGACACAGCCUCACAAGAAACCGGACGGAAUCGAAGUCGCUCCUAUGCCUUCUAGUUGAUUCCGAUGGGAACGCGUCGACGUAGGAGGCAAAGCACCCGGCGUUGCGUUGAAAGGCUCGUGGCUCUUUCUGGGAAACACGGGCCGGUGGAGGUUCAUUUCACAUCGGCAAUCCUCGGUCAUUUAAGACCUCAUCUUAUGCCUGCACGAGCAGCAGCUCGACGCGCUCGAGGGGGUGUUUCUGCAGAUGUGGCGGAGGAAGUAAUUUCCUCUCCCGUAACCUCUCCCAACAUUGAAAGCUUAAUGAGCGUCGCAAUUUACCAGCAACUUUUAGUUUAGUUUGCACGCCAGUGAUGACGUGCUUGGACACAAGUUGCUAAUGGUAUAGAUGGAAGGUUCAUACGAGAUUCUUCGCUUAAAAGCCUUUUUUGAUCGGCUUUUAAAAGUUCAUCGCAUUGAUGUUUUCCUGUUUUUUUUCCCAACUAAACAUUGUGCACCUUUUGGUCCCAGAGGAUCAGCGAUGAACGAUUUGGCAUUUAAAUCAACCGGCACCGGGAUGGGCAGCUGCAAGAGAGUCUCCAACUGGACCGUGGAGGAGGUGCACGUCUGGGCCACAGCUCAGUACCCCUCCAGCCAAGCCACCUUCCGGCAAGCAGUCAGCAGCCAUGCCAUCUCAGGCCGGGCCCUGCUGAGGAUGAGCGAGCAUCAGCUGGAGCGGAUGGGGGUGGGACCGAAGCAGCAGAGGGAAAUCCUCCGGGACAUUCUGCUGCUGAGAGUUCGGGAGGAGCUGGAGAACCUCAACGACAUCUUUGUGGAAUGCUUCUCCUCCUGACCAGAAGAAGAGACCCGAGUUGUGCUUAUUUGUUCUUGCGUACAGAGAAGAGAAGGAGGAGGGAAGCGGCUUUCAGAAUCAUUGACCUGAAGAAGACUGUGAGAUUGGUUUUGCCACCGUGCUAUUUCUCCGAAUCAAGCCCCUGUGUGUUUUCCCCCACUCGAUGUAGCGCUACCAGUCUUUUUUUUAUUUUUUUUUACAAUGCUCAAUGGACUAUCCAGCUGCAGUCGUGAUUGGAAAACAUCUCUUCGCAUUUACCAGGGGGAUAGCCCCGCAUCUCUCGUCUGGACAAAAUGCCGCUAUCGAAUAAUCAGAGCUGAUUGGAGGUGGCUAAUAGCCGGCUGUAUUGCCCUUGUGAGACCCGUGUGUAUUAGUUAAAAUGGGAGAGUAAGUCAAUUAGGCUUGAGAUUCAUGCAGCCGCAAUUGAAGACAAUUUAACCGACGGCCAAAUACAGCUGCUUACCUAUUAUGCCUUACAAGGGAAUGUGAAUGAGAAAUAUUUUUUUUAUGGGACCUGUUUUUGGCGAGGUCUGAAUCUGCUUUCAGCGCUGUGGAAUUUUUGUGGGAAAUGUCGCAUGUGCAUAUCCCUGUUUUGUGCUACAGGAUGGGGAGUUGUUGUUCACUCAACAGCGUGUUUAUCUAGUGUGUUAAAUCACCAUCGUCGUUCAGCAGUGCUGUUAUUUUGAGGUUUUAUUUAGCAAUUGGUUAUUUUUGCCCAUUUAGACAAUUUGAACAUUGUUUUUGUUUCCAUUAGGCAAUUCAAUCACAAACUUGCGAAUAUCUGAACAAAUUAUAUUUGCUCCAUAAAAAUCGACAUUUCGAUGUUUUGAUUUUAAGUUUUGUGUCCUUACAAAUUUCAGUCUACUCAGAAGCCUUACAGAAAAAGUGACUGAUUGCAGUAGAAUAGUAGUUUAUAAUAUAUAAUGGGGUUUAAUCCUCAAACUCUAUUUUUCUGCAUAUUGUAGAGAUGUUAACAUUUGUUGAGCAUACCAAUAUCCAGUGCACUUAAUCCAUUCAUAUUUUAAAUUCCUGGAGUUUUCGCAGUCUAUUUGCCAAGUUUGAGGUGCAGUCAUAACAAUAGCAUAUUUGUUUUAUUAUGUUUGGAGAAUGUCUGUGAUUUUCAGUAAUUGAUUUUCUACGUAAAACAUGAUUUAUUUUCAUAUGUAAAUCUGUCUGUGAUUGUGCUGUCUUGAUAAUCUUGAUCAUAUAGCACUUGGUAUUUUAUUUUUUAUAUACAUUUUUAUUAACAGAAAUACCUAUAUAUAUAUAUGAUUCAUUUAUUACCCUAUAAAGACAGUGGAACCCCCAAUGAAAAAUCACUUCAUUUCCUGAAAAUAAGAUGAUGUGUCACACGUAGAGCCACAAAAAAAGUAUUACAACAAUACAGACUGAAUUAUAAUAAAGGCCUUCAUUCUCAA